UGAACAGUGCUGACUCUCCUGAUUCGGCAUUUGCUAGGUAUGUUUAUUUACAUUUCGAUUCAUUAAGCAGCUACUGCAUCGUCCGUUCAUUACGCGUCUGGCAAUGACUCGGUAGAGAUCGACUUGCGCUUGGUGGAACGGAAUAAAAUUGUGAAUGUGAUAUACCUACUGUACCAAAGUUCAUAUAGUUUUACGGAAUCAUGAUUCGUUUUGGUGUCGCAGUGCUUCUCAUCGGAUUCGUCCUAUCAGGAUGUCAAGCCAGAACAUCCAAUGCCACCGGAGGACUUCCGAUUGUUAUGUGGCACGGAAUGGGUGAUACUUGUUGCUUCCCCUUCAGUUUGGGAGGUUUCAAAUCAUUCCUGGAGGGAGACCUUGGAGUGUACGUCAAGUCCAUCGAGAUCGGGAGCUCGAUCGUUACGGACUUCAAAAGUGGUUACUUAAUUCACCCGAACAGGCAGGUCGAAGAAGUCUGCCGGCAGCUGAAUGAUGAUCCUAAACUGGCUGACGGCUACAAUGCGAUCGGUUUCUCCCAGGGUGGACAAUUUCUACGGGCGAUUGCUCAGCGCUGUCCCACUCCUAAAAUGAACAACCUGAUCACCCUAGGGGGACAGCACCAGGGCGUGUUUGGAUUACCGGAUUGCCCCUCGUUGAGCAGCAAAACUUGUGAAUACUUCCGGCAGCUGCUCAACUAUGCUGCCUACGCCCGGUGGGUGCAGGACUACCUGGUGCAAGCGACCUACUGGCACGACCCUCUGAACGAGUACAUCUACAAGGAGUCCAGCACUUUCCUGGCCGACAUCAACAACGAACGGAUGGUCAACGAAUCCUACAUCGAAAAUUUGCAGAGCUUAAACAAAUUUGUCAUGGUGAAGUUCACCAAAGAUAAAAUUGUUCAGCCGAUCGAGUCGCAGUGGUUUGGCUACUACAAACCGGGACAGGAUCGUGACAUCCAGAAGCUGGAGGAAUCGGAGCUGUUUCUGAAGAAUCGUCUUGGUCUGCAGGAAAUGCACCAGAGAAACAAGCUGGUGUUCUUGGAGUGUGAGGGAAAUCAUUUACAGUUUAGCAAACCAUGGUUCAAGGAAAAUAUCUAUCCGUUUUUGUAAACCAAAGAGAAGGGUGAAGGGCGGGUGCAGUGCAUUCUGAUUUCAUAUAAUAUAAUUGUAAGACUGCAAUAUGCUUAAUACAGUUUCGUUAAUUGUGAGAAAUAAAGUGGCAUAAAAUACUA